AUGCUAUCCCAUCCAGUAGCGACACGUCUGGCAGAGCGGAUCUCACCGGCCAAGUCCGUUUCGCUGCGGGCGGCCUGUACCGGCUGUGCUGGUGUGGCGAGCUGCUGCAGGAUGCAAAUGCCUCAGGUCUUCUGGGCAAUGGUAGCCAGCAGUGCAGAUCGGAGUGGACAUGGGUGCCCUGACGAUGCUGGGCCCGGCACCUCUGCAGCAAGACCGAACUUGCGUAGCGGGCGGAAGCUGCCUCCUUGGGGCUUCCUGGGAACCAGCAUGGAUGCAGGUUCCUUGCUGCUCCUAGACACCUGUGGGGUCGCUGCUUCGGCGGACUUCGGAGAACCAGGACGCCCGGGUCAGCCCAGGGGCCCUACCGUGGCAGCUCUGCUAGCGUCGGGUGCCGCUUUUCGCUGGGAGGCAGAAGUUCCUGCUGCCCCUUCUGGAGGAAGCUUCCGACUCUGUUGGUGUGUUGAGAAGCUGCCCCAAAACUUGACCAACUACACGAGCUGUGCCAUUUCAUCCGACUUCACUGUGGACAUGGGGAUGUUGCACGUCAUGGGUCCUCUUGCAGGGGACACGCAGCAGCAAUUCACAUGCGUCGGCGGCCAGCGCUGCACUUUAAGUCCUAUCAGGGGCUUGGAUCUGCUGCCCGGAGAUCGGGUCUUGGUCAUGGACACCUGUGGCGUUCAGGAGAUGCCGGCCGAUGUAUCCGGUACUUUCGGCGUCGGUGGUCUUCGUAAUUCUGUGCUGGUGUGGGAUGUUGAGGCGGCUCCCCUUCCCGGUGGGCAAUAUCGACUGUGUUGGUGUAGGAGCCAAAGCAUGUCCACAUCAAAUCACACUUCCAAAGUACCUGCGGAUAGCAAAACGGAUGCUGGUGGAGUCAGUAUAUUAUCCCCCGCAUUGCAUCAGCAUCGAACGUGUGUCAGUGAACAAACUUGCUCCCUGGACGGAAUCACUGGUAACUCCUUGUCCCCGGGCGAUGCAAUCACGGCCUCAGACACAUGCGGAGCUCCCUCGGGUGUCAUCAAUAUCCUGGCGACAGCAGCCGUUGUCUCACACAGUGGUGCUGCAGCUAGAUGGGAUGCAGCUGUGGUGACCGCGGCUGGUGGCAUCUACCGACUGUGUUGGUGCGCCGGCCUGCGCGUUGAGGAAGGCUUUACCAACUCUUCGUCAUGCCGAACUCCGGUGGGCUUCACCGUGGACUUUGGGGACCUGCAUCUUAUUGGGCCUAAUCCGUUGGACGCCACUCGCACCUGCAUUUCUGGACCAUGUGUGACAGCGGCUUUGGAAGGCUUUCACCUGUCCGUUCACGACCGCUUCGUGAUUCUGGACACCUGCGGUCAAAGGCUUGCCGUGGUUGCAGGCGCAGGCUUUGGAGCGCCACUUGGAGGUCAGGCAAGCAAUGGCACCCUGGCUGGUGGGACUAUCGAGUGGGACACGCGCGUCUCUGGUGAUGUGAUGGGAGGCCAAUACCGAACCUGCACAUUAUUGGGCCGUCUCCAUUGCUAA